CCCGCCCCCGCAACGAUUCCCCAUUUCUUUCCCGCCUACAUCUCCCGCCUCUUCCGCUGCGCCCAAAACCCCAAACCCUAGCCGCAUCCACGCCCCCGCCUCCGCAUCCAGAUCGGCCGCGCCCAUGGCGCUCAAGCAGAAGGGCACCGACGCUGCCGCCGCCGACCCCAAGAAGCGCCGCCGCGUCGGCUUCUCUGGCAUCGAUGCUGGAGUCGAGGCAAAUGAGUGUAUGAAAGUGUUUCUGGCAAGGAAUCCUGACGAGGCGGGCUCUGAGGACUGCACUUCUAUUCAACCAUUUGACCUAAACCAUUUUUUUGGUGAAGAUGGAAAGAUAUAUGGUUACAAAAAUCUUAAGAUAAAUGUGUGGAUAAGUGCAAUAUCAUUCCAUGGAUACGCUGAUAUUUCAUUUGAGGAAACAUCUGAUGGAGGGAAAGGAAUAACAGAUCUAAAACCUGUUCUUCAGAGCAUUUUUGGAGAAAACUUGGUAGAAAAAGAGGAAUUUCUGCAAACCUUUUCAAAGGAAUGCGAAUAUAUCAGAGACGUGGUGACAAAUGGUAAUGCAAUAAAGCAUGAAGGCACCAAUGAAUCAGAUCCAGCAGUUGAGAUUGUUCGAGUUGAACUCCACGGUGCUGCUGCUUUCCUUUAUUCUCGUCUGGUGCCGCUUGUUCUGCUUCUGGUUGAAGGUUCCACACCUAUAGAUAUUGGAGAACAUGGAUGGGAAAUGCUUCUGGUAGUAAAGAAGACAACACAAGAGUCUGUUUCAAAAUUUCAACUGCUAGGUUUUGCAGCUGUCCAUAAUUUUUAUCAUUACCCUGAGAGCACUCGAUUGCGGAUCAGCCAGAUAUUGGUAUUGCCACCUCAUCAAGGUGAAGGCCAUGGCCUUCGUCUUCUUGAGGCAAUCAAUUCUAUUGCACUAUCUGAGAACAUAUAUGAUGUAACCAUAGAAGACCCUUCAGAUUACCUGCAGUAUGUGCGUUCGUCUAUCGACUGCCUCCGUCUUCUCACAUUUGAUCCAAUCAAGCCAGCGCUCAGUGCUAUGGUCUCAUCUCUGAAGGAGACCAACCUGUCAAAAAGGACUUGCAGCUUGAGGAUGGUUCCACCAGCAGACCUGACUGAAACUGUCCGGCAGAAGCUGAAGAUCAACAAGAAACAGUUACUGCGGUGCUGGGAAAUUCUGGUCUAUCUAAGCCUUGAUUCUGAGGACUGUAAGAGCAUGGACAACUUCAGGGCCUGCAUAUAUGACCGCACAAAGGGUGAAAUCCUUGGCGGCGCCACUGGAACCAACGGCAAGCGUCUGGUGCAGAUGCCAAGCAGUGUGAACGAGGAAGAGUCCUUUGCUGUGUUCUGGACACAGGAUGGUGGGGAUGCAGAGGACCAGACAGUUGAGCAGCAGCCAGAAGAUCUCAAGACCCAGGAGGAGCAGCUCAAUGAGCUCGUGGACAACCAAAUGGAGGAGAUUGUUGGGGUUGCGAAGAAUGUUGUCUCGCGUGGGAAGGAUAAGCUGGCAGAGCUGUGGGCUCGGUGAACCUGGGUGAUCCUUGCUUCAUGUCAUGCUAACAUGGAAAUGCUGUGGAAGCUUUCUUGGUGAGAUCUUUUAUGUAGACUGGCUCUUCAGGGUAGACACGGAAAUGUUGGUUGUUACACUGUCUUCAUAGUUGUAGAACCAACACAAAAAUAGGUCCUGAAUAGAACUUCCCAUUGGAUUAUUAUGUAUUCCAAUUCUGGAAUCUUUGAUGAGAAAUGUUACGUUUGACUUGAUUGGCGACCAUGCUAAAUCUUGAAAUGUUUCUUACAGUACAA